GAGGCCAUGGCAACAACCGCGUUUCACUGAAUCAUUUUAUCCAUCAUCAAUUCCCAUAAUGCUUCGAGAGAUGCUAAAAUAUUGAGGUUUUCUAGGUAUGACGGCGCUAGGUGCUGUACACUAAAAAGAGAGUAACCUAAAACCUGGUGGGACUUUUAUUAACUGCGAGGAAAAAACAGAGCGGCGACCUACUGAUGUUGAAAUCUAGCUGCUGAGAUUCAUGGAAAAAGGACACGACAGCUCCACCAGUAUGGCAGCGUCAGAGCUGUACACAAAGUUUGCUCGGGUGUGGAUCCCUGAUGCAGAUGAGGUGUGGAAGUCAGCAGAGCUCACUAAGAACUACAAACAUGGACAUUCCACCCUACACCUCACACUGGAGGAUGGAAUGGACAUUGAGCACAAGCUGGAUGAUAAGACAAAGAACCUUCCUCACCUCCGGAACCCUGACAUCCUGGUGGGGGAGAAUGACCUCACAGCUCUUAGCUACCUCCACGAGCCGGCUGUCCUGCACAACCUUAAAGUCCGCUUCACCGACUCCAAACUCAUCUACACGUACUGUGGUAUUGUGCUGGUGGCCAUUAAUCCCUAUGAGAACCUUCCCAUCUACGGUAGUGACAUCAUCAAUGCGUACAGCGGGCAGAACAUGGGAGACAUGGACCCUCACAUCUUCGCUGUGGCUGAGGAGGCUUACAAACAGAUGGCCAGAGAUGAGAGGAACCAGUCUAUAAUCGUAAGCGGUGAGUCGGGAGCAGGGAAGACUGUGUCAGCUAAAUACGCCAUGCGUUACUUUGCUACGGUCAGUGGAGCAGCCACAGAGGCCAACGUAGAGGAGAAGGUCCUCGCAUCCAACCCCAUCAUGGAGGCGAUAGGAAACGCUAAGACGACUCGUAACGACAACAGCAGUCGUUUUGGGAAGUACAUUGAGAUCGGCUUUGACAAACGCUACCGGAUCAUUGGAGCAAACAUGAGGACAUAUCUACUGGAGAAGUCUAGAGUGGUGUUUCAGGCGGACGAGGAGAGGAACUAUCAUAUCUUCUACCAGCUGUGUGCGUCCUCCCAUCUACCUGAGUUCAAGAAUCUGAAGCUAGGUAGCGCUGAUGGCUUCCACUGCACCAACCAGGGCCGGAACCCGGUCAUCGAUGGAGUCGACGAUGCUAAAGAGAUGUGCACAACACAACAUGCCUUCUCACUGCUAGGCAUCAACGAGUUGAACCAGAAGGGGCUGUUCCAGGUCCUGGCUGCCAUCUUACAUCUGGGCAACGUGGAGAUCAAGGACCGAGACUCUGACAGCAGCAUCAUACCUCCCAAUAAUCGCCACCUGACGGUGUUCUGUGAGCUGAUGGGCGUGACCUACCAGGACAUGUCUCAUUGGCUGUGCCACAAGAAGCUGAAGACAGCCCAGGAGACCUACAUCAAGCCCAUCCCUCGGCUGCAAGCCUCCAACGCCCGCGACGCGCUCGCCAAACACAUCUACGCCAAAGUCUUCAACUGGAUCGUGGACCAUGUCAACAAAUCUCUGCGCGCCACCGUCAAACAGCACUCCUUCAUAGGAGUCCUGGAUAUCUAUGGGUUUGAGACGUUUGAGAUCAACAGUUUUGAGCAGUUCUGUAUCAACUAUGCUAACGAGAAACUGCAACAGCAGUUUAACAUGCAUGUGUUCAAGCUGGAGCAGGAGGAGUAUUUGAAGGAGCAGAUUCCCUGGACUCUGAUAGACUUCUAUGAUAACCAGCCAUGUAUCAACCUCAUAGAGGCCAAGAUGGGGGUACUAGACCUGCUGGAUGAAGAGUGCAAGAUGCCUAAAGGUUCAGAUGACUCGUGGGCCCAGAAGCUGUAUAACACCCAUCUGAAGACCUGCUCUCUGUUUGAGAAACCUCGCAUGUCCAACAAAGCCUUCAUCAUACAGCACUUCGCUGACAAGGUGCAGUACCAGUGUGAUGGCUUUCUGGAGAAGAACAAGGACACAGUGAAUGAAGAGCAGAUCAAUGUCCUGAAGGCCAGCAAGCUAAAGUUGGACCUGCUAGUGGAGCUGUUUCAGGAUGAGGAGAAAGUGACCAGUCCGACAGGGACUGCUCCAGGAGGUCGAACACGACUCAGCGUCAAACCAAAAGAGAUCAGAUCUGGAGCAAGCAGCAAGGAGCACAAGAAGACUGUUGGCUGCCAGUUCCGGAACUCUCUGGCUAUGUUGAUGGAGACUCUGAAUGCGACCACUCCUCACUAUGUUCGCUGCAUCAAGCCCAACGACCUCAAGUUCCCCUUCACGUUUGACCCUAAGCGAGCGGUGCAGCAGCUCAGAGCCUGUGGUGUUCUGGAGACCAUCCGCAUCUCAGCCGCAGGCUUCCCAUCCAGGUGGACCUACCAGGAGUUCUUCAGUCGUUACCGGGUUCUGAUGAAGCAGAAGGACGUCCUGUCGGACAGGAGGCUGACCUGUAGGAACGUCCUGGAGAAACUGGUGCAGGACCAGGACAAGUACCAGUUUGGUAAGACUAAGAUCUUCUUCAGGGCUGGUCAGGUUGCCUACCUGGAGAAGCUGAGGGCUGAUAAGCUGAGGAAGGCGUGCGUCCGCAUCCAGAAAACCAUCCGCUGCUGGCUGGUACGCAAGAAGUACCUCCGCAAGAAGCAUGCUGCCAUCACCAUCCAGAGAUACACCCGCGGACACCAGGCCCGCUGUCUGGUUAAGUACAUGCGUCGUACCCUGGCAGCCAUCACGAUCCAGAAGUUCCAGAGGAUGUGUGUCCAGAGGAAACUGUACCUACAGAAGCAGGCUGCUGCCCUGGUCAUGCAGACUAUCCUCAGAGCAUACAUGGCCCGACAGAAAUACCAAGGGUUGCUGCGUAACCACAAAGCUGUGUUCAUCCAGAAACACGUGCGUGGCUGGCUGGCCAGACAGCGGUACAAGCGCUCCCUGCGAGCCAUCGUCUAUCUGCAGUGCUGCAUCAGGAGGAUGAAGGCCAAGAAAGAGCUGAAGAAGCUGAAAAUCGAGGCCCGCUCCGUUGAACAUUUCAAGAAACUUAACGUCGGCAUGGAGAAUAAGAUCAUGCAGCUGCAGAGGAAGUUAGACGAACAGGCUAAAGACAACCGUGUGACUAGCGAGCGGCUGAACUCUCUGGAGACGUCCCACGCGGUGGAGAGUGAGAAGCUGAAGGUAGAGGUGUCUAAGCUGAAGGGGAUAGAAGAGGAAGCCAAGAACAACGCCAACCGUGUCACUUCCCUUCUGGAGGAGCUGGAGAGGCUGAGGAAGGAGCUGACCACCACCCAGAAAGAGAAGAAGACCAUAGAGGACUGGGCUACCAAGUACAGGGAUGAGAUGGAAAAGAUGGUAGCAGAGCUGAAGCAGCAGAAUGGUCUGCUGAAGACAGAGAAAGACGACCUGAACCGAAUGAUCAAGGAACAGAGCCAGCAGAUGACAGAGAAAAUGACUCGUGCAGUAGUGGAGGAGACUCAGCAGUUGGAGAGCGAUCUGAAUGAGGAGAGGUCUCGCUACCAGAACCUCCUAACAGAACACCUGAGACUGGAGGAACGCUACGACGACCUCAAGGAAGAAAUCACUCUCUCUGUGAGCGUGCCCAAGCCCGGCCGCAGGAGAACAGACUCAACCCACAGCAGCAACGGAUCAGAGUGCACCUACAACUCCGAGUUCGCCGAAUCAGAAGAAAGUUCCCGACAUGGAGAAGAUGUGACCCGGGGCAUGGACACGUCUCUGACUCUGAAGCUGCAGAAGCGCGUGACCGAGCUGGAGCAGGAGAAAUCCUCUCUCCGCAACGAGCUAGAAAACAAGGAGGAGCAGUUCCAGCGGGCUAGAGUCAGGGAUGAUGAGGAGCAUAAGAAAUCACGUGGAGCAGAACUGGAGUACGAGUCUCUCAAGCGCCAGGAGCUGGAUUCCGAGAACAAGAAGUUGAAGCACGACCUGACCGCCAUGAGGCAGAGCCUGCUGGGUAAUGCAGGCGCUGCGGCGGGGGCACCAGGAAGUCCACCCUACAAAGUUCUCAUGGACCAACUGAACUCCUCGUGCGAGGAGCUGGAGGUGCGGAAAGAGGAGGUGCUGAUUCUACGAUCUCAACUGGUCUCACAGAAGGAGGCCAUGCAGCACAAGGAUGAGAAGGAGACAAUGACAGAGCCAGUGCACUAUGCAGAGGAUGUCCAUAAGAUGAAGGACUCUGGUGCAAUCACUCAGGCUUAUCUAGGACUCAAAGAGACCAACAGAUCUCCCAGGUUCUUGCGUAAACCACUAGAAGCCAAUGAGCUCCUAAAUCAGCUCAGAUUCCCCACUGCUGACUUCCAUAGGCUGAAUGAGGACGGAGAGCUGUGGCUGGUAUAUGAAGGGUUAAAGGAGACCAACAGACUGUUGGAGGGCCAGAUGCAGCAGCAGAGGCGUAGCUAUGACAACGAGGUGGAGGUGUUGCGAGGGGAGUUACAGAGUGUUAAAGAGGAGAAUAACCGUCAACAACAGCUGCUAGCCCAGAACCUGCAGCUCCCGCCAGAGGCACGCAUAGAGGCUAGUCUACAGCAUGAGAUCACACGACUCACCAACGAAAACCUGGAGAUGCUGAGGACUGAGGAUCCAACAGCAUAUCGCAGCGCCAAAGUCAACAUAUUACGACGGAUGGUUGACCUCAUGGAACAGCUGGAGAAGCAGGAUAAAACUAUCCGUAAGCUUAAGAAACAGCUGAAGGUGUUCUCGAAGAAGAUUGGAGAAAUGGGAGCUGGCCAUGUUGAGACUAUAUCUCCGGGUCAGAUGGUUGAAGAGACGGUCCGUCCGGUGAACAUUCCUCGUCGUGAGAAAGACUUCCAGGGAAUGUUGGAGUACAAGAAGGAGGAUGAGCUGAAACUGGUUAAGAACCUCAUACUGGAGUUGAAGCCUCGUGGUGUAGCGGUGAAUCUGAUCCCAGGCCUGCCAGCCUACAUCCUGUUCAUGUGUCUGAGGCAUGCUGACUAUGUCAACGAUGACCAGAAGGUCAGAACGCUGCUCACAUCCACCAUCAACAGCAUCAAGAAGAUACUCAAGAAACGGGGGGAUGACUUUGAGACGGUCUCUUUCUGGCUGUCCAACACCUGCCGCUUCCUACACUGUCUCAAACAGUACAGCGGAGAUGAGUCGUUUAUGAAGCACAACACUCCUAAGCAGAAUGAUCACUGCCUGUCUAACUUUGACCUGGCUGAGUACCGUCAGGUCCUCAGUGACCUGGCCAUUCAGAUCUACCAGCAGCUCAUCAAAUGCAUGGAGAGCAUCCUACAGCCCAUGAUUGUCUCUGGUAUGUUGGAGCAUGAGACCAUCCAGGGGGUGUCGGGGGUUAAGCCGACCGGUCUGCGUAAACGGACAUCGAGCAUCGCUGACGAGGGAACCUACACGCUGGAAUCCAUCUUACGCCAGCUCAGCGCUUUCCACUCCACCAUGUGUCAGCACGGCACCGACCCUGAACUCAUCAAACAGGUUGUGAAGCAGCAGUUCUACAUCAUUGGAGCUGUGACUCUCAACAAUCUGCUGCUGCGUAAAGACAUGUGCUCCUGGAGCAAAGGCAUGCAGAUCAGGUAUAACGUGAGUCAGCUGGAGGAGUGGCUGCGUGACAAGUCUCUGAUGCUGUGUGGAGCCAAGGAGACUCUGGAGCCUCUGAUUCAGGCUGCUCAGCUGCUGCAAGUCAAGAAGAAGACGGACGAAGACGCUGAGGCCAUCUGCUCCAUGUGCAACAGCCUGUCCACAUCUCAGAUUGUGAAGGUGUUGAACCUGUACACUCCAGUCAACGAGUUUGAAGAGAGGGUGUCUGUUACCUUCAUACGAACCAUACAGACUCGUUUGCGGGACCGCUGUGAGACUCCUCAGCUGUUGAUGGACACUAAGAUUAUCUACCCAGUCACCUUCCCUUUCAACCCCUCCUCUCUGGCCCUGGAGACUAUCCAAAUACCAGGCUCCCUCAACCUAGCCUUCCUUACCCGCGUCUAACACACACACACGACUAAUAUAUAGGCUAUACAUAGGUACACGUGCAAUCACAUGCAUACACAAACCAUUCUCUUCUUAACACAUCCAAACACUUACAUACAGUACACUUACACACGCUCAGCUUCCACCCUACGGUAGUCUUUAUGUCAGUAGUUGAAAGCCCAUCCUCCUCCGCGUGUACAAAUGCUCAACUCUAAGAGAAUGCACCGCUACAGGCCACCUUUUCUCCUAUCUUACCCCCUUUUACUAAGCUACACUCCCCACCUAGAACCCCAUUUAACACCUAGUACCGUGUUCCCCCAGUCCUUUUCUCCUCUGUGUUCUCUUCUCAAUAGUGUAGUGUUUUCUAGCAGUCCGGUUCUCCCAUAGGAAUGUAUUACGGUACACUUAAGCUAGCUGUCCAGGGCUAGCAUCACAGCUAGCUAGCUCCUUCAGCUAAGCUCGGCUAGCAUCUGUUGUGUUAUGAUAGGAUGCUAACGCUUCUACAGUUAUCUAGCUAGCAUCUGUUCCAAGUACAUCGUUAUCAACUCACCCACUGAACACAGUCAAGCCAAGUGCAGUACCCAUUGUCUGUACCAUACUUUUAUACAUAUAUAAAUACAUACAAAUAUUAAAUAUAUAUCACACUAGGGUGUUUUAUUUAUUGCAUUUAUUCCACUCCCUUUCCUAAAAUACAUGUUCUUUGCAGACAGAAAACAUGGAUACCAUAGACAUGUAGGCUUUUCUCUCCAGCUUUCCAGACCGGUUCCAGACCGGUUCUAGACCGGCUCCAGACCGGAGAGAAGUAUGGCCGUGGAAAGACCACUAGAGUCCUAUAGUAUUAGAAUUAUGUCUAUAGCAGAUGAACUAUGUAGUCUCAUCUAAUUAGCGCUAUUUAAUGUAGGUUUUUAUUUGUUUAGCUCAUGAUGUAUUGUGCUUUAAGAUCUCUCUGCCGUAGCUUGGUCCUGUGUAACCUGCUUCUCUAGUAGAGCUGCACUUUAGCACCGCUGCACCAGAGGUUGAAAUGGAGGAUUAGACUGGAACAGAGGUUGAAAUGGAGGAUUAGACUGGAACAGAGGUUGAAAUGGAGGAUUAGACUGGAACAGAGGUUGAAAUGGAGGAUUAGACUGGAACAGAGGUUGAAAUGGAGGAUUAGACUGGAACAGAGGUUGAAAUGGAGGAUUAGACUAGAACAGAGGUUGAAAUGGAGGAUUAGACUGGAACAGAGGUUGAAAUGGAGGAUUAGACUGGAACAGAGGUUGAAAUGUAGAGGAUUAGACUGGAACAGAGGUUGAAAUGGAGGAUUAGACUGGAACAGAGGUUGAAAUAGAUAGAGGAUUAGACUGGAACAGAGGUUGAAAUAGAUAGAGGAUUAGACUGGAACAGAGGUUGAAAUAGAUAAAGGAUUAGACUGGAACAGAGGUUGAAAUAGAUGGAGGAUUAGACUGGAACAGAGGUUGAAAUAGAUGGAGGAUUAGACUGGAACAGAGGUUGAAAUAGAUGGAGGAUUAGACUGGAACAGAGGUUGAAAUAGAUAGAGGAUUAGACUGGAACAGAGGUUGAAAUAGAUAGAGGAUUAGACUGGAACAGAGGUUGAAAUAGAUGGAGGAUUAGACUGGAACAGAGGUUUAAAUAGAUGGAGGAUUAGACUGGAACAGAGGUUGAAAUAGAUAGAGGAUUAGACUUGCAAUAGAUGGCUAGACUGGACGAGUAGUUUAGAUAGUUUGAUACCCAUACCUAUCAGGUUUAGAUGGCUUCAGCUACUGUACUUGCUUCUCCACUUUAACUAAGUAGUUUGGUUCCAAAACCCCUACAAGAGAACUCACUAACUCACACAAACACACACACUCUAGUGACUGUUGUUAAAAACAGAAGCACACUGGAUCCUACAUAUCCACUACCACAGCGUUUCCCAAAACUAUUGGCCGCAAAAAAUACAAUAAAACCGCGCUAUGUUCAUAGAACCAGGGUUACGUCAGUAACCUCCGGUAGCCUCUAGAUACAGUUGUAAUAAACAGAGUGGUUUCUGUUCUCUUCCUACAAAUGUGGCUCUAUCUUUUAAACGGUUCAAGAUACAAAAUAUUAUGACCCCAUCACUGAAAGAUAAGACUCUCAGGAACACGUAUGUGUCUUCUGUUUCCCUCUACAAUGGCCAGAAGCCUCAUUAGGACAGAGUGGACAAGACCAGGAACUAAAUCGGCUAAAACAAUAAGUUUACAUUAGCGUUGAUUACAACACUUUUUUCUACAUGGUGGAGUCGUGAUUUUUUUGUUGUUGAUCAAAUUGGGUCUGCGGACCAAAAGAGUUGGAACUCCUGCAGUACCAACUACUACAUAUCUUCACUUCUAAAUAUCUACAUGUCCUCGCCCCACCACUCUGUCUGCUCCACUCUCUGUAGGUAUUCCUUUCAGUAUUAUAGCCUUGGAAAGGAGGUUGUGUGUGUUACUAAACCUGGUUACCACUGAGCCAGUCUGUUUUACUGUAGUUGCUCUCAUAAUCCAUCACAUUUAGACUCAAUAUCAACCAUGUCUUGAAUGUUUUUCCCUACAGCCUGUAUGAUAAUGCUGUCAUGCCAGCUUUACUCCAAAAACUAAAUCACUGCUUUGUAGACAAACUACUACAUGCCCUGGCUACAGUCUCUACUCUAACCUACUCUAACGCUUACCCCCUUCUUUCAUUCCCUACUAACCUACAAUAACAAUUCCUUCACUGUCUCCCAAACCCCCUCUUCACUGUGUCCCAACAUCAGCCAAGUCUGUUUUCAUGGCUCUACUUUUAGAGAAAGCAGCCAUGUUGUUACUCAGCACCAGAUAGUGACCAGGAGAGGGCGACGUUGGACACUAGGUCACAUGACUGUGGCUUCUAUAGAACCAGACGUUCUGCCAGAUGUUCUAUAGAAUCAAAGAAGAUCUACAAACAUUCUAUUCACUAUUACUAAGGUCCUUCUAACCUCUGACUGGUCAACCGCUGAGGGACAGAAAGAAUAGAACUACAUUUAUCAUCAUCGUUGCCUCUCUUCCUUACUUGUGCCAUCAGUGUUCACCCAUACCCUAACUGCUCAUCAACCAUCAACUUUAUUUAACCAUCAACUUUAUUUAACCAUCAACCUUAUUGUUUAACCUUCAACCUUAUUUUACCGUGAACCUUAUUAUUUACCGUGACCUUUAUUUGCCUAGCAGCCCUGACCCUUUGAACUUUGUUCCCUGGCCUAUAGAAAAACAUAUUAUUAUUACUAUCAUUGAUGUAGGAGUCAAGUUCAUGUUUCAACUUGUUUUGUGGUGCAAUUUAAUUAAUAAUCAUAUAUUUAUUAUUGGGACCACCAUGAGUGUAUUGUAUAAAAAUUGAAAAUUGCCUUUUUGUUACAUUUUUGCAGCGUUGCAUUUUAAUGAAGGAUUUUUAGGAAUAAGUUAUAAGUUGUUCAACAUGUGUAUAGUGAUACCAGAUCUAAAAUGCAUAUCUGCAUCUUGGAUGAUACUGGAAAACGAUAGAGGAAUACUGCAGAUUCUACCCUUGUGAAUGUUUUAGAGCUGUUAUUGAUCAUGCAUAUAGGAGGACUUCAUUGUUACUCAUGUUUGGAACAAAGCCUUACAUAUGAUGUUAAAAACACUAUCAUCUCCUGUCUUUGUGUCUGUCUGUUACACAACUACUGUUUUAAAAAGUAGCAUUAUUAUUAUUGAAUGUUUUGACAAGUUGUCCUUAGAUCUUAUUUCAGAGGCUGGGAUGGAAGGAUUGUUUUGCUUUCUGUCUAGUUGCACUUUUUGAAAUAUUUACUGAACAAGUUAGUAAACGCUGAUAAAGUAAGUUAACUAUCUGAUAUGAUUCUCAUUUCUUUGAUCAUCAUGUGGUUUAUGUUCCUCCAGAGAGGUCAUCUAGCUGUAGUCAUUUACACAGUAGAAGGCUAUAGUCUUAGUGACUAUCCCAAAUGGUACCAUAUUCACUAGAUAGUGCACAGCUUUUGACCAGGGAUCGGGAAUAGGGUGCCAUUUGGUAUGUACCCUUAGUCCAUUUCUAUGAUUAGCCUUCUUUAAGCAGUGUAGAUGGACCACUCUUCCCGCUCUCCCCUUCCCUUAUAGUGUCCCACUCUGUACAUGCUGUGUGCCUCAGACAGGCUUGUUCAUGUAGACACUCUGUACAUGCCGUGUGCCUCAGACAGGCUUGUUCAUGUAGACACUCUGUACAUGCCGUGUGCCUCAGACAGGCUUGUUCAUGUAGACACUCUGUACAUGCCGUGUGCGUCAGACAGGCUUGUUCAUGUAGACACUCUGUACAUGCCGUGUGCCUCAGACAGGCUUGUUCAUGUAGACACUCUGUACAUGCUGUGUGCCUCAGACAGGCUUGUUCAUGUAGACACUCUGUACAUGCUGUGUGCCUCAGACAGGCUUGUUCAUGUAGACAUUCUGUACAUGCUGUGUGCCUCAGACAGGCUUGUUCAUGUAGACACUCUGUACAUGCCGUGUGCCUCAGACAGGCUUGUUCAUGUAGACAUUCUGUGGUACGACCGGUCUUCACCUCAUUUGAGAUAUACAUUUUUACAUCUCCAGAUGGUUAUUAAAAGAGAUACUUAAAAUCUCCCUUUUUAUGGUUUUGACAAUUGAGGUCAAUGCUAAAGUAUCACAUCAAGUCACGACAUCAUCACUAACCGACACAUCUCAUUGAUCUAAUGAUCUUCAGACUUCAUACAGUCCACCUGUGGUAGAGAUGCUGAACUCUGCUCUUCUCCUCUCCAUCUCCUCGCUUCUGUUCACUUCUUUCUCCUCUCUCCUCCCGUGUGUACAUCAGGAGAACUGGACUGUGUGUAUAAUUCCUGGUAGCUGUACUUAGUGAAUGUGUUCACCAUUAAGAAAUUUGGAAUAAGUUUCAAUUGUCAAACCCUGUAAAAGACAAAUAAAGGAAUUCAGCACUGAA